AUGGUCGGACUCGUUUCGGCCGCCGGUCUGGUCGGCUUCCUCUCGGAGCCUGACCCAGAGCUCAAGGUCUUUGCUUUGCAGUCAUUAGAUUCGCAGAUCGAUCUGCUUUGGACAGAGGUUGUGAAUGCUGUUCCAGAGAUUGAGGCUCUUUACGAAGAUGAAUCCUUCCCCGAACGGGAGCUGGCAGCUCUUGUCGCCUCGAAGGUAUAUUAUCACCUGCAGGAAUAUAACGAGAGUAUGGUUCUGGCCCUGGGCGCAGGCAAGCUGUUCAAGCUGGAUAACGGUGGCGAGUAUGAGGAUACUAUUAUCGCGAAAUGCGUCGAUACCUUCAUCUCUCUAUCUGCCGCCCAGCGACGCACCGCCGGUGACCAAUCCGCCAACCUGAACAACUCCUUCCCAGCAUCCGGCGAUGGCGCCACAAGCACAUCAGCAAGCUUGACCUCUCCGAUCACACCAUUCUCCAAGUCUGCCCUGCCGUCGAAGUCCUUGUUAUCGCGCCAGGAGGUUCCUGGCAUUGAUGCUGCGCACCCCGGUGGCGAUGAUGCCAGUGUUCAGCAUGAGGACACCCCCCUUGUCUUGAAGCGUGGUGUUCAGGGACAACUGCAGGCUGUCAUUGAACGCUUGUUCGAGGAGUGCUUCCGUCAAAAGCGUUACCGUCAAGUGAUUGGUAUCGCAAUUGAGGCGAAGAGCUUGGAUGUUCUCCGCAUGGCCAUUCUCCGAGCUAGCGAGGAUGAGAAGAAGCAGCAGGGUGAAUUCCGCCGAAGUGAAGAGCUUAUGGAGUACGUUCUGGACAUUUGCAUGGGCAUUGUUCAGGAGCGGGCUUUCCGCAACGAGAUUUUGAAACUCAUCCUUGACCUUCUUAACGAGAUCCCGACGCCCGACUAUUUCUCGAUUGCGAAAUGCGUUGUCUACCUUAAUGAACACUCCAUGGCAUCCAUCAUUCUCCGCCAACUUGUCGAGAAGGGUGACUCGCGCUCCCUUGCCGUCGCCUAUCAAAUCUCUUUCGAUCUUUACGAUAACAGCACCCAGGAGUUCCUUCAAAAGGUUCGCCAGGAGAUUGCCGAGCUGGUGCCAGAGGCCGAGGCCGAGAACCCGAAGGUUGAGAACGAUGAGCCUAAGGAGUCUGACCGACUGCUUGACGACCAAUCAAGCUCAUCUAGGCCGUCGGGAGAGCAGAGCAAGCUUUCGGAUGAAUCGACCACUGCUUUCAAGAAUAUUCUCAAAAUUCUGGAUGGUCUUAAGACAAUUGAAUUGAACCUGGAAUUCCUCUAUCAGAACAACAAGACGGACAUGGCCAUCCUGGAUAAGGCUCGCGACAGCCUCGAAGCUCGGAAUUCGAUCUUCCACACCGCAGUUACAAUUUCGAAUGCCUUCAUGCACGCGGGAACUACCCGUGAUAAGUUCUUCCGUGAUAACCUAGAGUGGCUCGGUAAGGCUGUGAACUGGUCCAAAUUCACGGCUACUGCUGCUCUGGGUGUCAUCCACCGUGGCAACCUUAACCAGGGCCAGACACUGCUGGAACCCUACCUACCCAAGGACCAGAUUGCCGGGGUUGGCGGCAGCUCGAACUCGGUUUACAGCCAGGGUGGUUCUUUGUACGCCUAUGGACUCAUCUAUGCCAACCACGGUGGCAUGGCUGUCAACAUCAUCCGUGACUACUUCAAGAAUGCCACGGAAGAGGUUGUUCAGCACGGUGGUGCUCUGGGACUGGGUGUCGCGGGUAUGGCCACCGGCGAUGAAGGCAUUUACGAGGAUCUUAGGAAUGUUCUUUACACCGACUCCGCUCUCAACGGCGAAGCUGUUGGUCUUGCCAUGGGUCUGGUUAUGCUGGGAACUGGCAAUAUGAAGGCCCUGGAAGAUAUGAUCCAAUACGCACACGAUACCCAGCACGAGAAGAUCGUUCGUGGUCUGGCCAUGGGUAUGGCUUUGAUCAUGUAUGGGCGCCAGGAGGCUGCCGAUGAGCUUAUCAACGGUCUUCUGGGUGACCCCGAUCCCACCCUCCGUUACGGCGGUAUCAUGACGAUAGCACUGGCCUACUGUGGCAGUGGCAGCAACAAGGCGGUUCGCAAGCUCCUCCAUGUUGCCGUUAGCGAUGUCAAUGAUGAUGUGCGUCGUGUUGCUGUGCUGAGCUUGGGUUUCAUUUUGUUCCGGAAGCACCAGAGUGUACCCCGCAUGGUGGAGCUGCUUUCGGAGUCCUACAACCCUCAUGUUCGGUACGGUGCAGCUAUGGCGCUGGGUAUAUCCUGCGCUGGAACCGGGUUGGAUGAGGCAAUUGAUCUCCUGGAGCCUAUGCUGAAGGACUCAACAGACUUUGUCCGCCAGGGUGCCUUGAUUGCUCUCUCCAUGGUUCUCGUUCAGCAGAACGAGGCCAUGAACCCCCGUGUCACCAGUCUCCGCAAGGCUAUGCUCAAGAUGAUCGGUGACCGCCACGAAGAUGCCAUGGCCAAGUUCGGUUGUGCUGUGGCUCUUGGUAUUAUCGAUGCUGGUGGUCGCAACUGCACUAUCAGCUUGCAGACUCAGACGGGCAACCUGAAUAUGCCCGGCAUUGUCGGUACCGCAGUGUUCGUGCAGUACUGGUAUUGGUUCCCCCUCUCUCACUUUUUGUCUCUUAGCUUUGCUCCGACAGCUGUGAUUGGUGUGGACCAGAAGCUGGAGGCCCCCAAGUUCAAGUUCCACAGCAACAGUCGCCCCAGUCUCUUCGACUAUCCCCCGGAGCAGCAGGUGAAGACCGAAGAGGCUCCUGAGAAGGUGAAGACUGCCGUGCUUUCUACCACCGCGCAGGCCAAGCGUCGUGCCCAGCGCCGGGAGAAGCAAGCCCGACGAGAGAGCAUGGACAUCGACCAAACACCCACUACCCCCAAGGUGUCAGACCAGCUCCCGGACAAGAUGGACACCGAGGGCGGUGGAGCGGCGGCUGAAGGAGAAGAGGGCAAGGAGGCCGAGAAGGUUACCAGUGAAGGUCAAAAGAAGAAAGCUGAGCGGGAGAAGGUUGGAUAUGAGCUGGACAACCUGUCAAGGGUGCUGCCCGCCCAGCUCAAGUACCUUACUUUCCCCGACCCGCGGUAUGAGCCUGUAAAGAGGCCCACUGGUGGCGUCGUUGUCGUUCUCGAUAACCAGCCCGAUGAGCCUCGCGAAACCAUCGAGCUGGAGGCCAGCCGCAAGAGACCUCAACCGCCCGCACCCUCAACCGAAACCCUUCAGGACCGCCUUCAGGCUGCCAUCGGUACCGCAGCGCUGCAGACCCCUCAACGGGCAGCUGCUCGUGCUGCCUUGUCUGACUACACUUCCAUGGGCGGUGCUGCAGCGGCUGCCGGUGUUCUGACUGCCGUGGAUGAAGACGAGGAGGGAGUUGAGGAUGCGCCAGUUCCGGACGAGUUCACGUAUGAGACGGAAGGAGAGGAAGAGUAG